AUGUUAUUUGAUGCAGUAUCAUGUACAAUACCGCCAAUUCUGGAUGCCAAAUCUACAACAUGUUUAAAUAUUGUUGAUUCUGCAGCAUUUUUAUCUGAAUAUUUAGGAAAAGCAACUCGACCAAACACCCAUGUAUCACAACAAACAAGCACAAACGGCUCACUUGAGAUCCGUAUGGUACUACAGAAUGCAGGAGCAAACGCCCAGCUGUAUAAAAUUCUACAGCAUCUUGAAACAUAUGAUGUAAAAGAUAUUCAACUACCAGAAAAUGAGAAAGAAAAGCGAUCAAAGAAAAAAAAACACUCUAAAGAUGAAUCAAAAGAAAAGCAUUCCAAGGAUGAACCGAAGAAAAAACAUCUUAAAGAUGAGUUGAAGAGAAAACAUUCUAAAGAUGACUCAAAAAAACAUUCGAAAAAGAAAAAAAAAAGUCGAUCAGAUGAUGCAUCUAAUUAA